ACUUAAAUCACUGACACGGAUCGAUGAAGGUCUUAGAAUUAAAAACAAAUGAAAUCAGAGAACAUUUUCAGUUAAAUCAGUUGAAAACUACAGUUUGUAUCGAAAUCGUCUACUGAAGAGAAAUAUUUUGAGAAAAAUGAUGAGAAGUACACUUUUAUUUUUCACUCUAUUAGGGGUGACAUUAUCAGCCCCUUCUCCAGCACAAGAGAACGAAAGUGUCGAUCAUCAAUCAGAAUUUACCAUUAUGUCACCAAUAAAUAUUUUAUCGGACGUGAUGAAACAAUUCGAAGAUAUUUUUCGAAUUAUUUUUGAUAAAUUUGGUAAUUAUACUAAUAUGAAUGUUACUACUUGGGAAGUAUUGCAAGUGAAUGGAACACCUUAUUUUUUAAAUACGACAAUCACCGAAGGAAAGAAAUCACCGCAUGUGACUGUACACUUCAGUACAUUAGCUUAUUCAAAGAGUCAUAAGAAUGAAAGUAAAGAUGAAAUGGGAAAGGAUAAAAAGAAGAAAGAGUAAGUGUUGUAGAAUUUUGACUUCUAUAAAUUUUAUAAAAAUAACUGCA